AUGAAGGCGUACAACAGAAGAUGGUUCAUUCUAGCGGCCCUGCUGGCUCUUGCGGGAAUCGCUUGUAUCUGCACAUGUUUGGGCUACGAAGAGGUCUACAAAAUGGACAUCAAGAGAGGAAAUAGCUCAGAUGAUAUUGGAACGAGAACGAUUGGUCUUAUGAGCGGAUCAGAUAAAUACAGACAAAAAACCUGGAUCCACUGGCCCAUCAAAUGUGACCUGAGCAUGUGCACCGAAAGUGACCCAGAUGCUCUCUAUCCGAUGCUCUGCUCUUGUACUGGAAAUACUAGUAUCGAUUUUAUCAUCAACUCGAGUCUUUGGUGGGCCAAUCUUUCCAUGAUUAUUUUGGGGUUAGUCUGUGCGGUGUACGCAUUUGUCGUUUCGGCGUACAAUGCUGCGACAAAGCCUACUGUUGAAUAUCUAAGUACUCGGGCUGUGGCAGGAUCGUUCACCGCUGCCAUUAUCUUCGAAGUCACCGCUAUGGCCCUCACUUUGACACUGUAUUUUACCGCUAUUCAAUACGAAGAUCCUUCCUAUGAAAGCACCUGUAUCUUGCCCGAAUUUGGCGGAAUUUCAUCAUUCUGGGCAAGUUUUGCUCAGGGAUACGUCUGCGAGAAUGAACAACUGGGCCUGUCGUUUUACAUGAUUGUCAUUUCUAUCGCCUUGUUCUUGAUCUCACUUUGGUGCAGUUUCAUGGCUCAAAGAGGAUUCCAAAGCCUCGAUCACGAGGCAGAAUUUGUCGCUGAAACUGGCGAUAAAAAAGAAGACAUCAUGAUGUUCUAG